CUAAUGAGUCUGCAAAAAAAAUGAGAUGCUUGAUAUUUGUGCUUUUACUUAUUGUUGGUGUGUCUGUUGUAUACAUCUAGAGUACAGGAGUUGCUCCCCUUUGCGCUUAAUUGAUGCAUUAUUACUUAUAAAAUAUGAGUGCAAAAAUGAUGUCAUUUAUCCAUCUUGUCAACUCUUUGCUGCUGUUUUCCUUACCACUCUAAAGAAGAUGUGAUAUCUGUUUGUUUUGUUUUUGUCUUGUCCAAUAGGUAAGCUUCUUGUAUCUAAUAACAAAAUUAUGUCUCCUAUGAAAUUACUGUUUUUUAGGGUACAAAUUUUGUUAGUAAACUGUUGCAUUGGCUAAAUUCUUGGUCAUUUAAUGACAUUCAUUGGUUUUUAAUUCAAAGUGCUAGUUAAAUGGUGGAAAUGAAUCUGUCAAUAAUUUUUAUUUGUUUUAUGUAUCCUCUGCUGUGCUUUAUUUUUAUAUUCUUUAUAAGCAGCACAUGUCUGGAUGUUAACUUCAACAUCAGGUAUUAUGAUCACAAACUUGGGCAUGUUGAAAUGCAUUGGUUUGUAAUAUAAAUUGUCAAGCCUUUCUGAAAACAGUCUGGUUUUCAUCCUCCCUCACUUUUGGGUUGCAAUCUCCAUGGUCUUCUUUGCAGCUGCUACAGUCUUUACCCUCCUAAAACUGUGUGGUGAUGUAGGUGCUCUUGGCUGGUGGGACUUGUUUAUAAAUUUUGGUAUUGCGGAAUGCUUUGCAUUUCUUGUUUGUACAAAGUGGUCUAAUCCGGUGAUUCAUAGAAACUCUCCUACAAGGGAAGCUAGUUCAUCUUCUACAACUAUUAGAUAUCUUGACUGGAAUAGUGGCUUAGUAGUUUCUCCAGAGGAGGAUCUGCAGGAAGAAAGAAUGUGCGGUUUGCAAGACAUUGGUGGCCAUAUCAUGAAAAUUCCAGUAAUUGGUUUUCAAAUCCUUCUUUGUAUGCGCUUAGAGGGAACACCUGCUAGUGCUAAGGAUAUACCACUGCCACUUCUUUUCGCACCUCUUUUCCUACUUCAAGGCGCUGGUGUACUACUUGCUACCUCUAGGUUGGUGGAGAAAAUUGUACUGUUACUUCAUAGUGGAACUGGCACAGGAUCAUAUUUUAGAUUUUCUGCAAGAGCUCAUGACUGCUUGGCGUACUUGCACCAUGGUUCCAGGCUACUGGGUUGGUGGUCCAUUGAUGAAGGAAGUCGAGAAGAACAAGCCCGACUAUUCCACCAGGGAGCUUCAGGGUAUAACACUUUUAGCGGUUAUCCUCCUGAGAUUGUGAAGAAAAUGCCUAAAAAGGAUCUUGCUGAGGAGGUUUGGAGACUGCAAGCAGCUCUGGGUGAGCAGACAGAAAUCACAAAAUACAGCCAACAGGAGUAUGAAAGGCUUCAAAAUGAAAAAGUUUUAUGUAGGGUUUGCUUUGAGAGAGAGAUUUGCGUGGUCCUGCUUCCAUGUAGGCAUCGUAUCCUUUGCAGUACAUGCUGUGAGAAGUGUAAAAAAUGCCCAAUUUGCCGUGUCAUUAUUGAGGAGCGCUUACCUGUAUAUGAUGUUUAGUUUUAACUUGCCCUGCCUUUUUUUUUUUUUUUUUUUUUUUCAAGUGCACAAAUUGGAGCCCAUAGAGUUAAAAAACAAUGAUGGGAGAAUGUUACAGUUUCAACUUUUUAUCGGAACUUCUACAAUGCUGAGUGUUGCUUGUUCAAAUUAACAUAACAAAGGUUAGGUAAUACAGGAAUUGAAGUUGCUAUAACUAUAUCAACUUUGGGCAGUUGUUUUUCAAAAAUUUUUCCCUCCUUUUAAAUUGUAAAUAUACCGUACUUUUAUAAUGGGAAAUCACAGGAAUAGCAUGUUGGAAUUUCUUGGCAUGCUGUGUGACA